AUGCACGAUAACAAUAAAUAUGCUGUAUAUGCUAAAGACGUCGAAAGAUUUCUUGGCCAGAUUCAAAUUUUGAAAAAGAUAUGCAUGAAUGUGGAAAGAGGACAAAUAUAUGGAUUGUUGGGCCCAAGUGGAUGUGGCAAAACUACUUUACUUAACAGUAUUGUAGGUCGUAAAAAAAUCGAUGGUGGUGAAAUAUUGGUGUUGGGCAAGCAACCAGGUGAUUUUAUUGCCCAAGGUGUGGGAAGAAAGAUAGGAUUCAUGCCACAGGAAAUUGCAUUGGUUGGGGAAUUCACGGUGAGAGAUGCAAUAUAUUACUUUGGUCGGAUAUACGAUAUGAAAGAGAGUUUGAUUCAAUCAAGAUAUGAGGAACUUAAAAGAAUGCUUGACCUGCCACCCUCCAACAGAUAUUUGAAAAAAUGCAGUGGUGGUCAGCAAAGGAGGGUGUCUUUAGCUGUUACACUUGUCCACAAUCCAGAACUGUUGAUUCUGGAUGAACCUACUGUAGGCAUAGAUCCACUGUUAAGAGAAAGAAUAUGGAACCAACUACUCCAGUUAACAAGGAUCGACAAUGUUGCAGUCAUAAUUACAACACACUACAUAGAAGAAUGCAGGCAAGCCGAUAAAAUAGCUUUGAUUACUGAAGGAAAACUGUUAGCAGAAACAUCCCCAGAUCAAUUGCUGACUCUUUGCCACGCAGCUACUCUAGAAGAAGCAUUUUUGAGCUUAUGCCACAAGCAAAAAUAUGGUGAACCUAUUGAUUUCGUGCAAAGAAACGAAUCGAACGGCGAUUUAUUAACUACCAAUACAGCAUUGAACGAAAGUGUGGACACUCCGAAAUUCACCGAAAAAACUAUUUCGGCAAAUUUGUUGACAAGUGGUUUGAAAACAAUAGCUAAUUCGAUUAGCACGAAAAGAAUGAAAGCAUUAUUAGACAAAAACUGGAAGCAACUCUACAGGAACUACAUGUCUCUCAUUUUCGUACUGUUAUUACCGAUUGGCCAAAAGUUCAUCUUCAUGAAUUCAAUGGGAAGAGAAGUAAUUGACAUUCCACUAGGAAUAGUAAAUGAUGAAACAAAGACGUCUGAAUGUUUCAACCAUUCAUCUGGAUCGAUCAUUCCAAGAGGAAAUUUCACUGAAUGUCACCUCAGCAAUAUGAGUUGUCGAUUCCUGGACUACUUGGAAGAUAGAAUGAUAAGAAAGGACUACUACACAUCUAUUGAAGAAGCUUAUAAUGAUGCCAUGAGUGGAAAAAUUUACGGAAUAGUUUAUCUGUCCCAAAAUUAUACGAGCUCGCUAGAAGAAAGAUUAUCGAUGAAUUUCUUGGAUGUUAUCCCACUUAUAACAGUUGACAGUCGAAUAAAAGUUUGGUUGGAUAUGUCAAAUAUGGAAAUAGGAACGAUGCUGCAACAAAAAAUAUUCAGCAAGUAUUUGGAAUACCAGGAAUCCCUGUAUAAAGAUUGUAAAUUUGCUCCUGGUUCAGGAGAUUUGCCCAUACGCAUUGAUACCAUUUAUGGAGAAAUUACCGAUGAGUACCUGGUGUACAUGGUACCUGGAGGACUGAUAACAAUGAUAUUCUUCAUCUGUGCCUCCAUGACUUCCCAAAUCAUGGUAUCUGAGAAACACGAAGGAAUUUGGGAUAGAUCCAUAAUUGCGGGUGUGAAAACUAUAGAAAUAAUUAUUACCCAUUUCAUUAUUCAAGGAUCUUUAGCGAUUAUACAAACUAUUGGGAUGUUGGCUAUUGUCUAUGGUUUUUACCAACAUAAUUACAUAGGUAACAUGUGGCUGAUGUUUUUCAUCAUGUAUGUGGACGGAAUUUGUGGAAUGUCUUUUGGUUUUUUUGUUUCUGUUAUAAGCAGCAACCAAACUAUGGCUAACAUUACUGUUACUGGAGUUUACCUUCCUAUGAUGCUUCUAUGUGGUUUGGUAUGGCCAAUAGAAGGGAUGCCUUUAGGACUUCAAUACUUUUCAAAAUGUCUUCCUUUCACAUUAGCUAUCGAAUCGUUCAGAAAUGUUGCCAAAAAGGCAUGGUAUUUGGACAAUUUACAAGUGCUGCAUGGGAUUGGAGUAGCUGUUUUAUGGACAUUUAUAUUUGGCAUUUUCAGCCUAAUUGUGAUCAAAAAGCAAAGAUGA